AUGCGUUCAUUGAAACGAGUUAAUAGUAUUUACCCAUUAGUGGUCAUGAUAAACAAGGACUAUUGUUCGGAAGAAGCACAACAACUUAUUUUAAAUGAAGGAUGUUCUAUACGAUUCAUAGAAGGUUUAUAUCCAACUAGUACAACAGUAGCGGCUUUCCCAUAUUUGAUUCACACUUGGACAAAAUUACGAGCAUUUGAAAUGGUAGAUAUUUGUGAUAAAUGUAUUUUUAUGGAUGCUGACAUUAUUGUUCUUCAAAAUAUGGAUGAACUAUUUGAUUUAAAUGAUACUAUCAAUUUUGCUGCGGUACAAACAUGUACAUGUAAUCUGAGAAAUGUUUCAACAUAUCCUGAAUCUUGGAAACCAGAAAAUUGCCCUUAUACAUAUACUCAUGAAAAAUAUUCUAAUAAUACGACGUAUAAUAAUUCACAUCUGAAUAUUAUGUUUAAUAGUGGCUUGUUCUUAUAUCGUCCGAAUUUAACAACAUUUCAACAAAUGUUAGAAGCAUUAAAUACAUGGGAUUUAAGUGAAUUUAUGUUUCCUGAUCAACAUUUUUUGAAUAAAUAUUAUCAUAACAAAUGGACUGGUUUACCAUACAUAUACCAUGGACUAAAAGUGUUUUAUAAAAGUCAUCCGCAUUUAUGGGAUUUAUCGAAACUCAAAACAAUUCAUUAUAUACUUGAAAAACCAUGGCAAAAAUCUGCAGAAGGAAAUGUUGAAUAUGAAGCUAUUAAUCGAUUGUGGUGGGAAGCAUACGAAUGGAGAUCGGAAAAGAAAUAA